GUCAGCUUCACAUGAGUCAAUAGCGACUAGGAUCAUAUUCACUCUUGUGACUUCUACUGCAAGGUGUCUCAGCAUAUCUUUAUGUGAUUAGAAGAAGAGCUCUUGAGCAUUGAGUCCAGGUGCUGCGCACUAAGGAUCCUUAUAUGACCACACGCUAGCUGCAGCUUCGAGCUGGAUUGAUUGCCUAAUAUCAGGUCCACAACAUCUCCCGCAUUAUGUGCAAUUCAAUGUUCCUUCGAUCUCAUCACUCUCUUAUUACUCGCGGAACUUGAGCAAGUCAAUCUUUUUUCUUCUUCCAAUACUUCUUCUUCCUCUUAUUUCCAGUUCCAACUUCUUCUGUCUCUCUUGGCUCAUUCACUCGAAUCUAUUUACGGGCUCAGACAUCUUGCUCAACCGGCUGUCUACAGCAAGUCAAGGUUUUUCACAAGCUGCAACUCCACGCAAGUGAAUUAUUAAUAUAAUGUGAAUAGCAGAACAAUGGCACCACAGAAUGAGAGAAGCUCUCUUAAGCGGGGAAGGGUCAGCAAAGAGCAUGAUUCGAAGCACCAGAAAAAACCGCGACAGUCUGAAAACGAAGCUUUACCGUCACAACCUCUCAAGCAGUCACAUCUACCUACACCUAUAGUCCAGCAGGAGUCGACCACUAUAAGCAAUGACAAAGAGCUAGUUACUACGGAAAAUGACAGAGAGUGCAUCCAACAGCAUACGCCCUUGAGCACGGGGCUUCCUCAAGCGAGUCCAUCCCCACCUCAAGAUACGCAAGCCCUCUCUCAGUUUGUUUAUCCACCCAGAGCAUUUGCCGAUGAGGUCGAAGACGAAGCUGCGGAGGGAGUAUGGGGCUAUCUCAUUCCUCUCGAUGACAAAGUGCAGGCGGCUAUGGUUUUGCGCAAAAGGAAUGGAUGUGACAGCCACAAGCCCGAUUCCCAUGGACCAAAGCCAGGAAGGGAAGGCCAUCGCAAGGAGCCAGAGUCAUUGCAUAAACGAGCGAGCUCACAGGCACCACGAGGCUAUCUUAUAGGUCGCCAUCGCGAAUGCGAUCUUGUUUUGAACAUUCCCACCGUGUCCAAUCGUCACUUCCUGUUGUUCCCAGAGAAUAGGAAAGGAGGUUCAAUUGCUAUUCUUGAAGAUUUGUCUAGCAAUGGAACAUUUGUCAAUGAUGCCAUCGUCGGACGUAAUCAACAUCGAGAACUCGAAGAUGGUGACGAGGUCACAAUUCUCGAUCAAGCACGUUUUGUUUUCAGAUAUCCUCGGACAAGGGACACGAAUCGAUUUCGCCAACAAUAUAGAAUUCUUCAGCAGCUAGGGAAGGGUCACUUCGCCACCGUGUAUCUGUGUGUAGAACGAGCCACGGGAACACACUAUGCUGUCAAACUCUUCGAGAAGCGCUCAAACGACUCUCAGAGAUCACAGACUGAUGCAUUACAACAGGAGAUAGGGCUAUUAAUGAGUGUCAGUCAUCCGAAUCUUCUAUGUCUCAAAGAAACCUUCGAUGAAAGUGACGGUGUAUAUCUUGUCCUCGAGCUUGCCUCGGAAGGUGAGCUUUUCAACCUGAUCGUCAGCAAACAACGGUUCUCAGAAGUGGAGGCUCGCCAUAUUUUUGUUCAAAUAUUCGAGGGUCUGAAGUACUUGCACGACCGUGGUAUUGUUCACCGAGAUAUCAAGCCAGAAAACAUACUCGUUGCAGACCAGAAAUUGACAGUCAAACUCGGAGAUUUUGGACUUGCCAAGAUAAUCGGUGAAGAUUCUUUCACAACGACCCUGUGUGGGACUCCAAGCUAUGUCGCGCCCGAGAUACUGCAGGAAUCUCGACGACGGAAGUACACUAAAGCUGUUGACAUCUGGUCCCUUGGAGUGGUUCUUUACAUAUGCCUCUGUGGGUUCCCACCAUUUUCUGACGAACUCUACACCUCAGAAAAUCCUUACACCCUAGCGCAACAAAUCAAAAUGGGUCGUUUCGAUUAUCCAUCACCUUAUUGGGACUCUGUUGGCGACCCUGCUUUGGAUCUGAUUGAUAAAAUGCUCACCGUCGAUGUUGACAAGCGCAUAACCGUCGACGAAUGCUUGGAACACCCAUGGCUCACACAGACUUACCCCAGCUUAUCCGACAGUACGGAUGGGCUGACUGGCGCAUUGGGAAACCUGGACUUUUCCAAGCGUAAGCUAGCACGCGAGAGAACGCUCCUCAGCCAUAUCAAUGAUGCCAGCUUCAACGAAUGCAAGGAGAGCAAUGGUCCUCCCGUGCGGGUUUUUCACAAUAAUCAUGCCGAGAAACGCGUUCACAAUCAUCCUGCCAAGCCUAGCAAUAGCGGAGGAACCUGUGAUGGUCACAGCGCACCUAAAGACUUUAUCAAUCUAGGGGAGCAUGGGGAUCCAAGAAAAAGAAACUUCUUCGCAUACAGCCUACUAAGUCUCCUGAGCGGUGGGUCACAGCCUGCACGAUAUGAUCUAACAUUUCUCUGCUAUCACGACGCAGCCAUGGGCUUCCUCGCAGUCCUGCUUGACAACAUAUCCCAGUAUUGCACUGAAUCUUCAGGACUGGCUGUUCUAGGGACAACUUUAGUGGCCCUGUGUACUGUGUCCGUCGUCUUGAAUGUUUUGCGUCAACUGCUUUUCAAAAACCCGAAAGAACCACCCGUAGUGUUUCACUGGGUGCCCUUCAUUGGCAGUACGAUCAGCUAUGGAAUGAAUCCAUACAAUUUUUUUUUCAAAUGUCGGGAGAAGUACGGCGACAUAUUUACCUUUGUCUUACUCGGCAAGAAAACCACUGUUUAUCUUGGUACUAAGGGUAACGAAUUUAUUCUCAAUGGCAAACUAAGAGAUGUGUGCGCCGAAGAAGUUUAUUCGCCGCUUACAACCCCUGUGUUUGGGCGCAACGUUGUGUAUGACUGCCCUAACGCUAAAUUGAUGGAGCAGAAGAAGUUUGUUAAAUUUGGUCUUACCUCCGACGCCCUUCGUUCCUAUGUACAAUUGAUAACCGAUGAAGUGGAGGAUUUUGUUCAGACUUCUCCAGCUUUCCAGGGUUCUAAUGGUGUUUUUGAUGUGGGCAAAACGGUUGCUGAAAUAACCAUCUAUACGGCUUCACGUUCUCUUCAGGGCAAGGAGGUUCGGAGCAAAUUUGACUCCACGUUUGCUGAGCUGUAUCAUGACCUCGACAUGGGUUUUGCACCAAUUAAUUUCAUGCUACCUUGGGCUCCUCUUCCCCACAAUCGGAAACGUGAUGCUGCACAGAAAAGAAUGACAGAAACAUACAUGGACAUUAUCAAGGCUCGUCGCACUUCUGGGACCAAGAAAGACUCAGAAGACAUGGUAUGGAACUUGAUGUCUUGCGCAUACAAAGACGGCACUCAAGUUCCCGACGAGGAGGUUGCGCACAUGAUGAUUGCCCUUCUCAUGGCUGGCCAGCAUUCCUCGGCGUCUACCGCUUCCUGGAUUGUUUUGCACCUUGCGGCGCAUCCAGAGAUUAUGGAUGAGCUAUUCACUGAGCAACUCCGUGUCCUUGGUUCUGAUUUGCCACCCCUGACCUAUGAGAACCUGCAGAAAUUGGAUCUCCAUGCCAAGGUCAUCAAAGAAACAUUACGCAUACAUGCACCGAUUCAUUCCAUCAUACGUGCAGUGAAGAAUCCUAUGCCUGUCGACGGUACGCCAUAUGUGAUUCCCACAUCUCAUAAUGUUCUUUCAUCACCAGGUGUGACAGCAAGGUCAGAAGAGUAUUUCAUCAAUCCACUCAAGUGGGAUCCUCACCGUUGGGAUGAAGAGAUUGCGUCCAACGCAGAAGAUGAAGAGAAAGUUGACUAUGGAUAUGGGCUUGUUAGCAAAGGCACAAACAGUCCUUACCUUCCAUUUGGCGCUGGGAGGCACAGGUGUAUUGGCGAGCAAUUUGCGUACGUCCAACUUGGUGCCAUAACAGCAGCUUUGGUGAGAUUAUUUAAGUUUCGUAAUUUGCCAGGUGUGAAGAGCGUUCCUGAAACGGACUAUUCAUCUCUUUUCUCGAAACCUGCUGGAAAAUCAUUUAUCCAAUUCGAAAAGCGUUUUCCUGCAACCAAAUGAUUUCACUACUGCCGGCUCGAAUACUGUCCAUCGGCAACUGAUUAGAGAUGUACAUUCUCAGUGUACUAAUAUUUUUUUAUCCAGAAUCGAUAAUACGCUUCUUCUUCUUCUUCUUCUUCUUCUUCUUCUUCUUCUUCUUCUUCUUCUUCUUCUUCUUCUUCUUCUUCUUCUUCUUCUUCUUCUUCUUCUU